CGAAUCACCAAAAGCCAGGUCAAGGCAAAGUGCCAAUGAAGCAAAAGAUGGUACACCUAAAAAGCCAAAGCAGUGUAACUGCAAACACUCUCGAUGUUUGAAGUUCAUCCACUGCCUUUAGCCUAUGGUGGGAGUAUUUUUGCUGUUUCCGUUGCAACUAUGACUUCUCUAUCAGAAACAAGGUAUUGUGAAUGCUUUGCUUCUGGCAUAUACUGUGAUGGAUGCAACUGUGCCAAUUGUCAUAAUAAUGUCGAAAAUGAGCCUGCUAGGCGAGAGGCAGUUGAAGCUACUUUAGAGCGUAAUCCGCAUGCAUUCAGGCCUAAAAUUGCCAGCAGUCCACAUGGAGUUCGAGAAAAUAGGGAGGAAGCUGGGGAUGGCUUAGUACUGCCAAAGCAUAAUAAAGGCUGCCACUGCAAGAAAUCAGGUUGCCUUAAGAAGUACUGUGAGUGCUUCCAAGCCAACAUUCUUUGUUCUGAAAAUUGUAAAUGCAUGGACUGCAAAAAUUUUGAAGGAAGCCAAGAAAGGCAGGCUCUUUUCCAUGGAGAUCAUGCCAACAACAUGGCAUAUCUCCAGCAAGCAGCAAAUGCUGCUAUAACUGGUGCCAUUGGAUCCUCUGGUUAUGGAUCGCCUCCAGUGAACAAGAAAAGAAAGGCUCACGAGCUGUUCUUUGGGUCAAUGAUUAAAGACCCUGUUUAUAGGCUCGGUCAACUUCAACAGGAAAGCCAAAUCAAAGCUUCAGUUUCACCAUCUUCGCUGUCUUCUAUUCCUGGUCCUCGCUUUGGUAAUGCUGCAGCAUUAGGUCCUUCAAAGUUUACCUACCGGUCCCUGUUAGCAGACCUAAUCCACCCACAUGAUAUCAAGGAGCUUUGCUCUGUUUUAGUUGACUAUGCAUGGGAAGCGGGCAAGAUGCUUGCAGGCAAUCAUGGAGGAAUUUGAGAAGUUGAUGCCAGUCACUACUAGUAUUAAUUGUGGAAAGAGUAAGAUACUUGAAUAAUCUCAUUCAUAUCUUUCAAUGUCA